AUGUCAUCUGAGAAGAACUGUGUAUCAAAACUGGAGAUGCAAAAGGAUUGCAGAGUUUAUUGUCUCCUAGAUUUGCCUGACUGGACCUUGGAUUGCAUUCUUGAGUGCCUUUCACCACUGGAUUUGUUUAGAGUGGCACAAGUGUGUACCAGUUUGAGGCACAAAACCAGAAGUGAUGCUUUGUGGGAGAAAAUUAUCAAGCAGAAAUGGGGUAGGCUUCUUGGUGAUGUUGCUUACCAAGAGUGGCAGUGGCACACAACAAAGAUAGCAAACACACAAAGCAUCCUGUUACUUCAGCAGAAUCAGAGUGGAUCAUGUGGCUCUUUCAGUGGUGUUUGGCCUUUCCUUAACUUUCAUUCUUAUUUGGAACACUUCAUUGACUUGAUUACCUUGUUCAAAAAUUGUUCAAAAAUGGCUUUGUAUGUCUGUCUUGAAAGUGGCCGCUUCUGGUUUCCUGUUCAAGUGUAUAAGACUGCAAAUCUAUUCUGUUAUGAUGCCAUAGUCAGCUAUAACUCUAGAACAGACACCUUCAAGGCAAGGUCUCCAACUGGUGAGUGGCGAAUGAUUGAAGAAAAUAUUCAGUGGGGUAGGUUGAGAUUAUCAACAAUUGAAACUUCCCCAAGAGAGUUUUAUAUGUCUAACUGUAUGAAUGAUUUGAAACCUGGAGAUCAAAUUGAGAUUCAGAUGAAAAGACGCAAAGAAUCCCCUUAUAAUUGGUGGUAUGCUGUAAUUGGUCACUUGGAAACAUGCGACCAGGAUGUGAAUCAUUGCCGUUGCCAAUACAGUGACAAGUUGGUAGUGGAGUUCAAGCAAUAUCAGUCUGCUAGUAGAAAUAAAAGAUCAGUGUUGAAUAGAAACAGGUACGAGGAAAGGGUCUCGUUGCUUCGCUGGUUCGGUGGAAUCAGAAAACUUGACAAGGAGGAGGAGAUUGAAAAGUGGACGAAGCUCUUUGCAUCUAGAUAA